AAAGUGGUAAGAAACUUUCUCAUCAACUGUGCAAAUUUUCAUAUUCAUUGGUCAAACCAAACAGUAGCGCUUUGGUAGAGGAAUUUUGGGGUAAUCCAACAACUGGUAACUUCGGUAAUUACUAUGAGAGAGGCAAAACAAUCUCAAGGACUUUGGAGAUCAACGAACAGUGCAUAGAUGCAAGCAUAGUUGGACUGAGAUACAUGGCACUCAGUGCUAUUAUUUUUGUUGGAUAUUCCGAAUCAUAGUUAGUAAAGGUGGUUGAGCGAGUUAAUAUUAUGGAACAAAGAGAAGUACUAGUUAGUUGUGGAUACAGUAUGAGUGGAUUUCAACCAAUUAUUACUGACGAAGAAAAGUUGAAUGACACUUUCUACACUACAUUCUUUUCUCCACCUACUUCUGCAUCCCCAUCUGCGAGACGAUACGUAGAAGAUAGAAUACUUGGUUGGUGGAUUUUAUUUCAAAACAGAAUUGUUAAUACUAAAAUCAAGGAGCUAUUCUUGGAACGGCGAAGGAACGAGUCGGUUGAAUGCGUUUUCGAAGGCGUACCUCGGAACUUUGAAGAUACACAUGAUGUACUCAUGGUGGACGUUGCUGGCUUGGUUUACAUUACCACCGGAGCAAUGAGAUUUGUGUUUGAUCGUGCAAAGACGGUAAAUGUGGAAUCUACAACUUCCACGGAGGAAGCGAACUCAUAUUUUGUGAUGAAAACUCGAGGCUUAGAGCAAUAUGUAGAGAGAAUGAAGUUUUUUUUAUUAGCUAACUCGAGGACGAGUUUCAUUCAAGGAGAGGGGACCGAUGUAGGACAUUCAAUGGUUCAAGACGGUAUCAACUUUGUCCAGUUACUUCCAUAACAACGGCAUCAACUUUGCCAAGUUGCUCCCAUAACGACUACGUCAACUUUACUUAGUUUACUUUCUUUACAAGUCCUUUACUUUCCUAGUUUACUUAGAAUUUCAUUUUCUUUCUUUUAGUCGGUUCUUGUAGAACCUAUAUAAAGGCUAAGCCUUCUUGUUUAGGAUAUACAAUCUUUUAUCAAACAAUAUUAUUAUCAAUCUUAUUAUUG